AGUUUACCUGGCACUUGCAAACUGAGAUUUGUGUGAAAGUAGUCAAAUGAAAUGUUUUAUUGCAGGCGGUGGUGAAAUGAGGGAUGAAUGUGGAGGACCUCCGGUUUUAAGACAAGUGAUGCCCAAAUAGCGUCCUUUUUGACAAGAACUGCUCAUCGUCACUGCAGGUAUUUUACCUAAGCUUAAAAUGGAGAAUAAACGUUUGCCUGGUUUCGAGACACUUGGGCCCCAUUUUUCUCAAACAACGCCGAAAGAUAAGCAUCCUGCUCAAAAUCACAGAAACACCCUACCUCCAGUCAAAAAAGGUCCAAUGACUAAACAGAAGGGUCUCUACUCGGAUGUCUUCACUACUUUAAGGUUUAAGACUUGUGCAGAAGAAGCAGACGCCCAGGAGAGGUUAUCCACCUCUGACUACAGUGAUUAUGAUGAUUCAGAAGACACAAGCUCAAAGUCUCCAUUUGCCAAAUACAAGUUUGAUGACAAGGAAUACUAUGGCACCUUCUCAAAGCAAUUACUCACGACCUACUUCAACCGUGGUGGAGAUACGCCCAAAGUCCAGAUGCCCUUCAAAACUGUUCCUGGUAGAAGCCCUCGCGAUUUAACCAAAGAGAGGCGGCGAAGAGAAUAUUUGAAGAUUGAUUUUGAGAGGCUCCUUACAGAAAACAAAAUUGAUUCCAAUCUUCUCAUGCCACGUCCUUUGGAUAAUAAUGACGAACAGUUAACCGUGUCUUGCUAUCUUCCGCUUGAGAUAUUUGACAAUGUGGAGUUUGACUGCCGUACUGCAGAAGACUGGAUGGUCCUGGGUAAAAUUGAAGGAUCACCGUUUAAAAAACCAAUUCCGGCAAAAGCAUUAUUGCCCUCAGAUGACAGAGUGUCGUUUGACCAUCGCCAAGCUCCCUCAUUAUUCCACUACAGCUGGCAUUUAGUAGGAGUGCUUGACUACAAUAAGGAGAAAUGUCAGUACUUGGUUGAAAAGGUUUUCCCAAACAGCAACCUAAAAGAAUCACAACACAAUUGCCCUGAUGUGAACUGCUUACUAACGGGAAAUAGGCACUGGAUUCCCAGAAUCAGGCUGCUGUUCAGUGCCGAGGACCCCCGUGUCUUUGUCGAGCGCAUCCAGUUUGCCAUGUACCUCCGUGCUCGCUCCGAGGCCCUCAUCCUCUACCACUUGACUGUGGACUGCAUGCCCAUCUGGACUGAAACGCCAUCUAUCGAUCCGCAAUGUCUCUACCGUAUCCAAAGUCGUGCUCUCUCAGGCUCUGGCCUCAAACUGGAUAUUGUUAAAAAAUGUAUAGAAGGACUUGCCAAGGAGGUGAAGCUGGAAUAUGACCGUACUAUGAAUCGCUUCAUCUUGGAUAAAAGCGUGACAAGCCACCCACACGAGUUUUCGCACAUCGUGGUGGCGCAGAAGGAACCUGAACGCGUGCCACUGAAAGGGUGUGUGACAGUUCCUGCCUUCGACUACAAGAAGAACCGAGCUGCUUUCCUUGCAAAGUCCAUGCUAACAGAACCCAAAGUAAUCUAUACAUUAUCAGAAAUCCGGUCCGAGUGCAACAAACUCUCAACAAUGAAACUAUUCAAUGUCUCCUUAACCAAACCUAUGCGACUGGACGAGUUUGAAGCUACCCAGACCCAAAUGCAAACUCAGAUAAGCUUGUUUCUCCGGGAGGCAUGGAUUCUCACUGUGACUUACAGUCUCCGACACAACCUUGAAACAAUUGGCAAAGGCGCGUACAACUUGAACGAGACUCACUGGGGUAUGCACAAAGUUUCCAAGCUGAACAAACUGUUGGCUGUGGUGCACUACAACCUGCAGGACACUCUGCGCAACCUUGUGGAGGACUCGCUUCUCUGCCUGAGCAAGUUGAUUUUGGAUGCAUGCUGCAGUGUGCUCACAUGCCCCGAUGAAUUGGUGUGGGGCGAUGAUUACAUCACCAGCCCCUACAAGCCAAAGAACAAGCCUCUGUUCCUAGUGGAUUUAAUUUUGAAUGAGACGGGUGUACAUUAUAGUACAUCUCUGGAGAAAUUGGAGGCAUCUAUUAUAAACCUGUUCAACGAGGGCAUUCUGGUCACACACAAUAUACCGAUGCUUGAUAAGUUUUUAAUGAAGAGGCUGUUAUUCGGUGACGAUCCUGUGCUGAAGUCGGUGCACCUUUGUGAACCAAAAAUAUCGCAGUUGAGAGAAAAGAUCUGCACGGCUCUCAAGAAAGCCGUCAUACCCCUCAAGGCCUACGCUGCAGAAUACACCAAAUACAUCGAGCUGUACAGUUUAAACAUGGAAGAGCACUUUCUACCCAUUGGCGAGGAUGAUAAGACAUCCAAGGUAGUGAAGGUAGAAGUGGAGCAGCAUCUCAACGACAAGGAAACACUCCAAAGCUCUUUGCCGUCCUCCAUCACCAUUGGCGCAUUUAUCGUACACGUCGAGGGAGUACGUCAGAUGCUCAUCAACAAAAAAAAGGCUUUAGCCAUCGCUACAUUGGAGCACCAUGCCGACAAGCUAAGAAAGCAGAUGGAGGAUGAAUGCGAUGAGUUCUGCACGGUCGGUCACACGCUAGGCGAGCGUCUCAAUUCCAUUGAGGACCUGACGGAGAAGAGGGACUGGAUGAAACAAAUCCCCAGCCAGCUCAAGAGUUGCAAGGAACGUGUUGGGAAAAUUUUAGCAGAGUAUGAACUAUUUGAUGAGUUUAACUACCCUUUAUCAAAUGAGGAUUUUACGAAAAAGUGGCAAGCUAUUGAGUGGCCCCAAAAGAUUCUCAGACAGAUCGAUGACGUCACCGCCAAUCUUGUUCAAGAAGAAGAGCGCUUCCAGAAGAUUCAGAUCGCCGACCAGGACAUCUUUGAGCAGCGCAUUGAAACUGUUGAGAUGAUGGUUGGAAAGUUCAAAGGUUACGCAAAUGUUGAUCAUGCGACUGAGAUGGCCAACGAUGUGAGGCGUACCAGCAAGGAGCUCAAAGAGUGCCAGACUUUGGCGCAAACUUACAACACCAGAGAACGCCUCUUUGGUAGUCCUGUCACAAAUUAUGAUCGUCUGCACAAAAUGGCAAAGCAGUUCCAGCCGUUCUUUGACUUGUGGACCACCACUUUCGAUUGGACCAACCGGGUCGAGAGCUGGCUCAACGAUCCGCUGACCUCCAUUGACCCUGAGCUACUUGAGCGCAAUGUUGCAGGAGCCUUUGAUAAAAUGAAUAAAUGCAUCAAACAGUUUAAGGACAACCGCGAUUGCAAGACGGUGGCGGAGUUAAUCCGUGCCAGAAUUGAGGAAUUCCGUCCUUAUGUUCCACUGAUUCAGGGUCUGAGAAACCCAGGGAUGAGAACGCACCAUUGGGAGGCACUUUCAGAUACCAUCGGGAUAAAAGUUGUACCCCAAGCUAAACUUACCUUGACCCGCUGUUUGGAAAUCGGUCUCCAGAACCACAUGGAUGUCAUUGCGCAAGUGGCUGAGACAGCCGGGAAAGAGUACACCAUUGAACAGGCCCUGAAUAAGAUGAAAUCAGAGUGGUCAGAAAUUCUCUUUGAACUGAUGGCCUACAAGGAAACGGGCACUUACAUCAUGAAGAGUCCCGAUGAAGCCUUGCAGUUGCUAGAUGACCAUAUUGUCAUGACACAAAGCAUGUCCUUCUCCCCCUAUAAGAAGGCAUUUGAAGCCGAUAUCAACAAGUGGGAGAGCAAACUCAGAACAACUCAAGAUGUGUUGGAGGAGUGGCUGUUAUGUCAGGGUUCUUGGCUCUACUUGGAGCCCAUCUUCAGCUCGGACGAUAUCAACGAACAACUACCCGAGGAGGGAAAGAGAUACGAACAAAUGGAAGAAAUAUGGAAGAAAAUAAUGAAAGGUGCUUUUGAUAACCCAAAGAUAAUUGAAUUUUGCCCUGGUCCUCACUUGCUCGACAAGUUGAAAAAGUGCAACGUUCUUUUAGAACUUGUGCAAAAAGGUCUCAGCGAAUAUUUGGAGAUAAAACGAAAUGCCUUCCCCAGGUUCUACUUUCUGUCAGAUGAUGAGCUUCUGGAGAUUCUGUCUCAGACCAAAGAUGCCACAGCUGUACAGCCGCACUUGCGCAAAUGCUUUGAGAAUAUUGCACGGCUUAAAUUCCAGGAGGAUCUACUCAUCACACAUAUGUACUCUGGAGAAGGAGAGGAGGUGAAGCUAUCUGUGACCGUUAUGCCUUCUGGGAAUGUGGAGGACUGGCUGAAGCUGGUGGAAAGAUCCAUGACAGCCACAGUCAGAGAUUACAUUGACCGUUCCCUCAACGUUUACCCUGAGGUCUGUGAGUUUACUUAAAUGUAUUCUCGUCCCAAUGUUCAUCGCGCCUUCUCGGAAUUUCAGCAACCUCGCGAAGACUGGGUUUUAUCAUGGCCCGGCCAAGUGGUGAUAGCUGGUUGUCAGGUCUACUGGACCGCCGAGGUGUCGGAGGCUUUGGAGCAGGGGGACUUGGCCGACCGUCUUUUUCCUCAACUGCAGAAACAGCUGGGUAACCUGGUGCAACUGGUGAGAAGUGGCGUAUCCAAAAUGCAACGAGCUGUGCUCUCCGCCCUCAUCGUCAUUGAGGUGCACGCUAAAGACGUAGCAGCCAAACUGGUGGAGCUGGCAGUGUUGAGCGUCAAUGACUUUGAGUGGAUUAGUCAGCUCAGAUAUUACUGGGCCAGAGAAGACUUGUACAUCCGAGCAGUAAAUGCGGAAUUUUUGUAUGGAUAUGAGUACCUUGGAAACUCUGGACGACUGGUCAUCACCCCACUCACAGACAAGUGCUACCUCACCCUGACAGGUGCCCUUCACCUCAAGUUUGGAGGAGCUCCUGCAGGUCCAGCUGGCACAGGAAAAACAGAAACCACUAAAGAUCUGGGAAAGGCUCUUGCUAUCCAGACAGUCGUUUUCAAUUGUUCUGACCAGCUGGAUUUUAUGGCAAUGGGCAAGUUCCUCAAAGGCUUGGCUAGCUCUGGUGCCUGGGCAUGCUUUGAUGAGUUUAAUCGUAUUGAUGUGGAGGUGUUGUCUGUGGUGGCGCAACAGAUCACUACCAUCCAAAAGGCUCAACAACAAAGGGCAGAGAGGUUUGUUUUUGAAGGUUCGGAGAUCCCGCUUGUCCCCUCUUGUGCCGUAUUCAUCACCAUGAAUCCUGGUUAUGCUGGCCGCACAGAGUUACCCGACAAUCUCAAGGCUCUGUUUCGUCCCGUGGCCAUGAUGGUCCCUAACUUUGCCAUGAUAGCUGAGAUCUCACUCUACUCUUUUGGCUUCAGUGAUGCCAAAGUCCUCUCUCAGAAAAUCACCAGUACAUUCACGCUCUCUUCGGAACAACUUAGCUCUCAGGAUCACUACGAUUUUGGGAUGAGAUCUGUGAAGUCUGUAAUCUCAGCUGCAGGAAAUCUAAAACGAGAGAAUCCCAAUAUGAAUGAGGAGUUGAUCUGCCUGAGGGCCAUCAAAGAUGUCAACGUGCCGAAAUUUUUACGGGAUGACCUGAAGCUCUUCAACGGCAUCGUGUCCGACCUUUUCCCAAAGACAAAACAGGAGCCGAUCGACUACGGCACGCUUGAGGAAUCUAUGCGGAAUAUAUGUCUUAAGAUGAACCUCAAAGAUGUCGAUGAAUACAUUGGGAAGUGUAUUCAACUGUAUGAGACCACUGUAGUCAGACACGGAUUAAUGUUAGUGGGACCUUCCGGAUCAGGUAAAACCAAGUGUUAUGAAGUUCUCGGAGCGGCGCUAACAGCUCUAAAGGGUCAGCCCUCUGCCAGCGGUGAUCAGUAUGAGGCCGUUCAUACCUACGUGCUCAACCCCAAGUCGAUCACUAUGGGUCAACUUUACGGGGAGUAUGACUUGCUCACGCACGAGUGGACAGAUGGCAUCCUGUCGUCUUUAAUCCGGAUGGGUACGUCAGUGAUGGACAAUGAUAAAAAAUGGUACAUGUUCGAUGGGCCGGUUGAUGCCGUCUGGAUCGAGAACAUGAACACCGUGCUGGAUGACAACAAAAAACUUUGCCUUAGCUCCGGAGAAAUCAUCAAGCUCACUGAGUGCAUGACUAUGAUGUUUGAGGUGCAAGACUUGGCGGUGGCGUCGCCAGCGACGGUGUCUCGCUGUGGUAUGAUCUACCUGGAGCCCAGUAUUUUGGGCCUGGUCCCUUUUACUGAGUGUUGGCUCAGGCAAGUCCCCAAAAUCAUGAAACCCUUCACAGAGCAACUCACUUCCUUGUUUGAGCGCUUCCUACAGGAUUCAGUCAAUUUUGUUCGCGAAUCGGUAAAGGAGAUCAUCACAUCGCUGGACAGCAAUCUGACUUGUAGCCUUCUAAAACUUAUGGACUGCUUUUUCAUGCCGUUCAAGUUUUGUGAGAAUGAGAAGACACCACAAGGUAAACUUGAGCGCGUGAAGGACCUGAUUGAGCCGUGGUUCAUUUUCUCCCUGGUGUGGAGCGUCGGUGCCACGGGAGAUGGACCCAGUCGCCAGCGCUUUAGUGCCUGGCUCAGAAAUAAGAUGUCGGAAGAAAAGAUGACUUUAUGUUUCCCAGAGGAAGGCCUCGUAUAUGACUACAGGCUUGAUGAUGCAGGUAUAAGUCGUUGGAACGAACAAGAGGAAGAGGACAGAAAGGUGCAGUGGGUCAACUGGGUGAACGAUGCGAAGGAUGUUGAUAUCACUCCAGAUACAAGUUACUCCGACAUCAUCGUUCCCACUGCUGAUACAGUGAGAAUGACGUUCCUCAUGGAUAUGCUUUUAUCUAACAUGAAGCCUUUGCUUUGUAUCGGGCCUGCCGGGACUGGAAAGACCCUUGCCUUAUCUGACAAGCUUCUAAAGAACAUGCAUCAGAAAUUUGUCACACACUUUCUCAUGUUCUCAGCGCGAACUUCAUCUAACCAGACUCAAGAUUUUAUAGACAGCAAGCUGGACAAGAGGCGAAAAGGUGUGUUUGCACCUCCUAAAGGCAAGUUCUUCAUCUUUUUCAUUGAUGACCUCAACAUGCCGUUGUUGGAGACUUAUGGUGCUCAGCCGCCUAUUGAACUGCUCCGGCAGUGGAUGGACCACACCGGCUGGUACGACAGGAAGAUGAUAGGCGCUUUCAAGCAAAUCGUGGAUAUCAAUUUUGCCUGUGCCAUGGGACCUCCGGGGGGAGGCCGGAACCCCAUCACACCCCGCUUCACGCGACACUUCAGUUUUCUGUCUUUCACUGAACUGGAGGAUGCCAGCAUGACCAAGAUUUUCUCCACCAUUUUAGGCAGUUGGAUGAAUGGAAAAAUGAGUAAGAAGAAUCCAGGCAGAACAGUGCCAGAAAUCAUCCCACUUAACAAUGCAAUCGUCAGCGCCACUAUCCGCGUGUACGCAACUAUUUGCUCUCAGCUUCUCCCAACCCCUACAAAGUCUCACUACACGUUCAACCUCAGAGACCUGUCCAAGGUCUUCCAGGGUAUCCUCAUGGCUGAGACUUGUAUGAUAGAGAACAAAGAAAUGCUGCUUCAGCUGUGGUACCACGAAAACUGCCGGGUUUUCCAAGAUCGCUUGGUGUGUGCGGAAGACAAGGAAUGGUUCAACUCCCUCCUGAAGGAAUUCAUUCAGGAGUUUGGUUGCGACUUUGACGUGGUCGUGCCGUGCCAGCCCGUCUUUUACGGGGAUUUCAUGGUUCCCGGUGCACUGCACAAAAUCUACACUUUCAUAGAUGACAAGACGAAGUUGGAAGAAGUGAUGAUGGAGUACAUGGAGGACUACAACCAGAACUGCACCCCCAAGAUGAAACUCGUGCUCUUCAUGGAUGCCAUCGAGCAUGUUUGCCGAAUCGCUCGCGUGUUACGCCAGCCGUUGGGCAAUGCCCUCCUGCUUGGAGUCGGCGGCAGUGGACGCCAGUCCCUCACUAAACUCGCCUCGUAUAUAUCAGAGUACAAGAGUUUCCAGAUUGAGCUGUCAAAGAACUACGGUCAGCUUGAGUGGCGGGAAGACAUUAAAAGCAUCAUGAUGAAGGCUGGUAUCCAUAACCAGCAGAUCACCUUCCUCUUCGUGGACACUCAGAUAAAAAGCGAAUCAUUCCUGGAAGACAUAAACAGCAUUUUGAACUCGGGUGACGUUCCCAACUUGUAUGCCUCUGAUGAGCAGGAGCGCAUCCUGGCUUCCAUGAAGCCAGUGGUCCAAGAGUUGGCCCUGCAGCCCACCAAAGCAAACCUUAUGGCUGCUUACCUCAAAAGAGUUCGCACUAAUAUCCACACUGUACUCUGCAUGAGUCCUAUUGGGGAAGUAUUUCGUGCAAGGCUGAGGCAGUUUCCCUCCCUGGUGACAUGUUGCACCAUUGACUGGUUCAGUGCAUGGCCAGAUGAGGCUCUGCAAGCUGUGGCCACUUCGUUCCUCAAUGAGUUGUACGAGCUAGAUGCUAGCCCCGAAGUCUUGAGUGGACUGACGGUCAUGUGCAUGAACAUCCACCAGAUGGUAGCCCAGAAGUGUUUACAGUUCAUGGCAGAGCUUUCUCGACAAAACUACGUGACCCCUAAGAGCUACCUGGAGCUGCUCAAUAUCUUCUCACAUCUCAUUGGACGCAAGAAGCAAGAACUAUGUUCUGCUCGUGAGCGCAUGAGGACUGGUCUGGAUAAGCUCCUGAGCACGGCAGAGGAUGUGAGUAAGAUGCAAGAGGAGCAGGAGGUGAUGAGGCCUCUCUUGGAGGAGGCUGCCAGGGAAACCGAGGUCACGAUGGAAACCAUCAAGAAAGACUCGGUGAUUGCAGAGGAGACACAGAAGUCGGUGCAAGAAGAAGAAGUCAAAGCUUCGGAGAAAGCCCGUGUAGCCGGGGAAAUCGCCACGGAUGCGCAGAGGGAUCUGGAUGAGGCUCUGCCGGCCCUCGACGCUGCCACUGCCAGCCUCAAGUCACUCAACAAGAAUGAUGUCACUGAGGUGCGAGCCAUGCAGCGGCCUCCUGCGGGGGUGAAGCUGGUCAUUGAGGCUAUGUGCAUUAUGAGGGACGCCAAACCCAAGAAGGUGCCUGGAGAAAAACCUGGCAGCAAGAUUGAUGACUACUGGGAACCUGGCAAAGUAUUGCUUCAGGACCCUGGCAGGUUUCUGGAGAGCCUUUUUGCCUAUGAUAAGGAAAACAUCCCAGAACGAGUGAUAGCUUUGGUGCAGCCUUACAUCGAUAAUGAAGAAUUCCAACCUGCCGCCAUUGCCAAAGUUUCCAAAGCCUGUACCUCGAUAUGUCAGUGGGUUCGAGCCAUGCACCUUUAUCACUUUGUGGCCAAGGGGGUGGAGCCUAAAAGGCAAGCUCUCAAGGCAGCUCAGGAGGAGUAUGAUGAGUCUCAGAGAAGUUUGAAAGCUGCCAAAGAAAUGCAAGCAGCUGUGGAGAGUGGUAUUGCUUUAUUACAGGCUAAGUAUCAAGACUGCCUGGCCAAGAAAAAUGAGCUGGACAACAAGUAUCAACUGUGCGAGAUACGACUUGUUCGAGCAGACAAGCUCAUCGCUGGACUUGCAGAUGAGAAAACUCGCUGGAAAGAGACGGUGCAACAUCUGGAAUACAUGGUCGAUAAUGUAGCCGGCGAUGUGCUCUUAUCUGCAGGAUAUGUAUCCUACUUGGGACCCUUUACUGGAUCCUACAGGGCAGCCAUGGCAGAGGAGUGGCUGCGAUCUUUCAAGGAGUUAGGAGUUCCACAUACUGACGCACCAAGUCUCAUGAGCACUCUUGGAGAUCCUGUCAAGAUUCGCUCCUGGCAGCUAUCAGGUCUACCUAAGGACAACCUUUCGGUGGAGAAUUCUGUGAUUGCCCAAUAUUCGCUUCGCUGGGCUCUCUUCAUUGAUCCUCAAGGUCAAGCCAACUCGUGGAUCAAAUCCAUGGAGCGUGACAGUGGAUUGGAGAUUAUAAAACUCAGUGACCGGGAUUUCCUCCGCAGUCUUGAAAAUGCAAUUCGCUUUGGUAAACCCUGCUUACUUGAGAAUAUAGAAGAGGACAUGGAUCCCGCUCUUGAACCUGUACUGCUGCAGCAGACAUUUAAGGAGCAAGGCAGCUUAAAACUGAAGCUGGGAGAUAAUACCAUUCCAUACCAUGAGAGUUUCAAGUUUUACAUCACGACCAAGUUACCAAACCCGCACUACUCCCCAGAGGUUUCCACUAAAGUCACUCUCAUCAACUUCACCCUGUCGCCUAGUGGCUUGGAAGACCAGCUGCUGGCCCAGGUGGUGGCAGCAGAACGUCCAGAACUGGAAACGGCUAAGAACCAAUUGAUCGUCAGCAAUGCCAAAAUGAAGCAAGAGCUGAAAGAUAUCGAGGAUGAGAUCUUGUACCGUCUCAGCUCCUCGGAAGGAAACCCAGUGGACAAUGAAGAGCUCAUUCAAGUGCUGGAAGCUUCCAAAGUCAAAGCUGGCGAGAUCCAGGCCAAAGUGCUUGUGGCAGAAGAGACAGAGAAGGACAUUGACACCACCCGUCUGACAUACGUUCCGGUGGCCGUGCGCACACAGAUUCUUUUCUUCUGUGUAUCAGACUUGUCCAACGUUGAUCCCAUGUACCAAUACUCUCUGGAGUGGUUCCUUGGUAUCUUCAUGGUUGGCAUCGCCAACGCUAAAAGAGCAGAUACGGUGGAGGAGCGAAUCGAGAACAUUAAUGAAUCUUUCACGUUCAGUCUGUACUGCAAUGUGUGUCGCAGCUUGUUUGAGAAGCACAAGCUGAUGUUUUCCUUUCUUGUUUGCGCUCGCAUUCUAACGAACGAUGGUGAAAUUAACAUGGCUGAGUGGCGUAACUUGUUAUCAGGAGGGAUGCCCAACCAAGAACUUCCCAACCCGGCCGUAAGCUGGCUAUCGGACCGUGCUUGGAAAGACAUCCUGGGCCUCAGUGUACUCGAGACCUACAAAGAUCUAGCAUCAACUUUUGAUCAACAUUUGCCGGGCUUUAAAAACAUUUUUGAUAGCAACAUUCCUCACAGAGAGCCUCUGCCUGGCAAGUGGAACACAACACUAGACCAAUUUCAAAAGCUGUUAGUUCUGCGCUGCCUAAGGGCUGACUGUCUGGUUCAAGGCAUACAGGACUUUGUCGCCCUUAAACUGGGACAGCGCUUCAUCGAACCUCAGACAUCAGACCUCGCGGUGGUUUUUAAGGAGUCGUCCCCUUCCUCCCCUCUCAUCUUUAUUUUGUCUCCGGGCACUGACCCAGCUUCUGACCUCUACAAGUUUGCUGACGUCAUGCACUUCUCCAAGAAAACCACUGCCAUCUCCUUGGGCCAAGGCCAGGGCCCCUUGGCUGAAGCCCUGAUGCGGACAGCCAUGGAAAGAGGUCAAUGGGUCUUCUUUCAGAAUUGUCACCUGGCACCCAGCUGGAUGCCGUCACUGGAGACCCUUAUUGACAACAUUGACCUAAAGGUCCACAAAGAUUUCCGUUUGUGGCUCACAAGUCUUCCCAGCAAUAGGUUCCCAGUGUCCAUUCUUCAAAAUGGGACAAAGAUGACUAUUGAGUUACCCAAAGGAAUCAAGGCCAAUCUCCAAAAAACUUACCUGAAGCUCACAAAUGAUUUUAUCAAUUCAUCCAACAAGGUAUCACACUUGAAGUCGUUGCUCUUGUCUCUGUGUUUGUUCCACGGAAUUGCUCUUGAGCGAAGAAAGUUUGGCCCGUUGGGCUUUAAUAUUCCCUACGAGUUCACCGAUGGUGAUCUAAACAUCUGCAUCAGCCAACUCAAAAUGUUUCUGGACGAGUAUGAUAACAUUCCUUACAAGGUCUUGAAAUACACCGCAGGGGAGAUCAAUUAUGGUGGCCGUGUGACGGAUGAGUGGGACAGACGUUGUCUCCUUAGUGUGCUGGAAGAUUUCUACUGUCCUGCUGUUCUCAGCGAGGAACAUAUUUACUCUGAAUCCGGAGUUUACCGGCAGAUUGAAACAAACGUGGAUGUCAAGGGUUACCUGAUGUAUGUCCACAGUCUACCCAUCAAUGAUACACCAGAGAUUUUUGGUCUCCACGACAACGCUAACAUCAGCUUUGCUCAAAAUGAGACUUUUACGCUGCUGGGAACACUUCUGCGCCUCCAGCCUCGAACUGCAUCUGCUGGAGGCCAAACCCUGGAGGAGAUAGUGGAGGAGAUUGUAGCAGGUAUCGUAGUAAAGAUCCCAAAGCCUUUUGAUAUUCAGGACGUGGUGGAAAAGUACCCCGUGCUCUACGAAGAGUCCAUGAACACAGUGCUCAUGCAGGAGAUCAUCAGGUAUAACAAUUUGUUGGAGGUCAUCGCUCACAGUCUUGUUGAUAUUGUGAAGGCUCUGAAAGGUUUAGUGGUGAUGUCUUCGGAACUGGAGCGGAUGGCCAACAGCUUGUUUAACAAUGGUGCCUACCCCUCUCUGAAGCCUCUGGCCUCCUGGGUGUCAGAUUUGCUGCAGCGGGUCCAUUUUCUUCACGGAUGGAUCUUGAACGGCAUUCCACCAGUCUUCUGGAUUAGCGGCUUCUACUUUCCUCAAGCGUUUCUCACCGGAACCCUGCAGAAUUAUGCCCGUUGCUUCGGCAUCUCCAUCGACAUUAUUGGAUUUGACUUUCAGGUUGUGCUGAAACCCGUGUGCGACAUAGACGAGAAGCCAGACACGGGCUGCUACAUCAGUGGCUUAUUCAUCGAGGGCGCUCGCUGGGAUAAUGACACCGCUCAGCUGACAGAGUCCAGGGCGAAGGAGCUCUACACAGAAAUGGCUGUCAUCUGGCUGAUCCCAAUGCCCAACCGCAAACCUCCCACCGCCGGGAUCUACAUCUGCCCCAUUUACAAGACCCUCACACGCGCCGGGACGCUGUCUACUACCGGGCAUUCAACCAACUAUGUGAUUGCAGUCGAGCUGCCGACAGAUCUCACUCCGGGACACUGGAUCAAACGGGGAGUGGCCCUCAUUUGUGCUUUGGACUAUUAAAAAAAGGGUAUUGUGUAGAAAGAAGGUCACCUUUUUCUUCUUUUUUUUAACGGCGGUUAAAAGUAAAUAAAAGAAAGAUACAGAAUUACAUAA